AUGAACAACGCACCAGCUAACUUAUUACGCAAGAGGAAGAAUUCCGAAGUCAGUGAAGACACAUCAACUCAAAAUAAAGCAAUCAAGCUUGAGAAUUCCGAUGAUGUCGAAGAGCGCGUCGAUGAUAAUCAUGCCGAAGCUACCGUGACGCCUUCAGUCAAGUCUGAACGAUCAACAGCUGAAGUAGAGGAGUUCGAUAUGCAAUCGCAUAUUUCUGAACUCUACAGGUUUAUUAUCAGUGAGCGUGCACUUGGCCGUGCCCCUGUGAAUAUUCAGAAACUUAUCAACAUAGAUUCUGCGUCCAGAAAUUUCUAUGCGUCAUCCAUACGUGAUUGGAUCGACCAGGAGCACAAUGAUUUUUUGGAGCGAUAUAGGCUCAAACCCGAUAGCAGAACGAAUUUCAAAGGUACCCGGAAAUACCUUGCGGACAUCGGUAGACUUUCACGUAUGUCUCGUGGACUGUCGCUCGCGUUCGAGCUUGCACUCUAUCUCUGUGAGCACUCCUACUUGGCACCAGACAAUGGCAAGAUUCCACGUACAAGCCGAGUCUCCUGCGGCGCUUGCGACUCCCUAGUACAUAAACUCUGCCUGAGAAUGAAAAAGGAGUAUCCCAAUUUCGAACCGAAAGUACACCUUUCUCGUAUAAACGAUCAACGGAAGCAUUUCGAGGUAGAUGAUGACGGCCUCAUACCACACUUGUUGCGAACUGGAGAUCUACUAGUAAGCUGGGUAGAAGGACCAUCUGCUGCUCAAGCUAUUUAUGAUAGCACGAAGGAACUGAUAUUGACCGACUACAACCAUAUAGUAGAAAAAUUGCAAUCUGCUGUGGCCAGAAACCAUAGUAGCUCUGCGCGCAACUCAAAUGUCCCUGGUCACUUGGUUCCCAGCGUGGAAAAGAGCCUUCCACAGGUCAAACGACUUUUAUCCAUGGCUGGAGGCAAAGGAUUGGCUUUUGACCUGCUUCUGUUUGCUGGUCGGCACUCGUAUGUCGAAUGCAAAAAGGACCCUCUUGGCCGUAAAGUGACUGAAAGUUUCGACCAGGCUGCCGACAAUCUACUUGUCCAAAUUUCAAAUGCUAUCAAAGAGGAAGAUCCAACUUUCAGGCCUGUUGAUGCCAUGGAAAUGCUUAUCGAAGAGAUCGAAACUACUGGCCAUAUCGGAUAUUUCCCACAAUCUUAUAAACUAUUCUCAUCUUGGAUGCCAGAAGUAGGAAAUUCUCAUGCACGAAAGGACUACGAUGACCUCCACGCAAAAAUCAAAAACGCGCACGCUGCUGUUGAGCGCAGACUCGAAAUUUUCGUCAAAGAUGGAUCUCGCCCAACCGUGGAUCUCCUUGGCAGAAAGAUGCUUGGAUUUAUCGAUGAUAUCAACAAACUCAGCAUGAAGUUGGGAGGGCUACUUCCUGCCAUAGAAAUCGCGCUGUUCUUGGGGGAAUGUUCAUAUACAAAGAUUGAAGGGUUGGGCCCACUCUAUGGCUGGGAUAGUAAAAGCUCAUUCCGUUGCAAGCGGGACUUCGAUACUCUUGGAGAUAAUUGCUUGAAGGAACUACUUCAAAGAGUAAGAGAUGCCAAUUUGACUUUGGACAAGGAUUACUACGGGCGUUUGAAGGAGUCUGUUGAUUACCUUAGACCAUACGGAAUCACUACCUACUUCCCGUUGUCUUUUGAAUUACUCCGCCAAUUAUCUUGA